ACUAUAUAACGGAGGAAAUCGUCGAACGGCCACCGUUACCGUUGCACAUUGAAAUGAAUACUGUUUUCCGCGAAAAACCGCUCUUAUUUCGCGAACUUUGCCAAACAUGGGCUGAAAAUAACGUAAAUGUAAUUGAUGGGAGAUUAUUUGAGUGCAGAGCGCUAAAAGUUGACUAAAUUGUAGAUUUAAUAUUGUUCGGUCACUGCACGCCAUUAAGAAAUAGAUGGUUGACCAAUUUGACCCAAAAUAAUAGAGUAUCUAUCAAAGUCAAAUUGUUUUGUAAAUUGCAACUGUGACUAUGUGGUUUGGUCCGAAUCUUCAGAGGUCUUACAAGUAUAUGAUGUUUGCGUCCAAGAUGCCGUCUCUGCGGAUAGACCAGAGUGACCUGAAGUGCAAGAAUGGCUGUGAUUACUUCGGCAACCCCCAGUGGCAAGGAUACUGCUCCAAGUGUCACAGGGAACAGAUGCAACGCCAGAGGAAGGCUGAAAAAGCAUCAUCAGCGACGCUCCCCAAGCCUGAGCAGAAGAAGCCGGAGCGAGGACUGAAGGUCACCUCCCACUCGUCCUUCUCCAAGUUUGAGGAGAAGAGGCUGCGCCAGAGCGAGACCCUCAAGAAGGCCAACUUGCUCAAAUUCAGCGUGUUCAAGAAAAGUAGCACAGAUGAUCAUGAAGCAGCAGAAAAACGUCCCCCCGAGUUCAAGAUCCCGGGGCAAGUGAAUGAAGGCAUGAAGUGCGAGUUCCGCGUCCGAUUCCCGCAGCUCGGCCCCGCAGUAGACCGGGAUUCGCGGGUGUUCGUGCAUAGCUUCAUAACUGACGUCAUCAAGUGCGCCAAUGUGAUGACCGUUGAUGAGCUUUCCGAGAGGGUGCAGAGACAGUAUCAGCGUUUCAUGAAGCACAUGGACACAUCAUCUCACUUCGCGAACGUGGACUCGGACACCAAGGAACUGCUCAUGGACUUUGUUGAGAAACACGCCAUGACUUACUUGCACGAGUUGCCGUCAGUAGUAUUCUCCCCCAGUGGCACGGAAGACGAGCGCCUGGACCGAGCGAUGUCGGAACGCAUCCAGCAGCUCAGCUGGGUGGGCGAGAGGCACUUGGAGUGCAAGCUCGAUAGGAAUAGUGCUGAGUGCCGCCAGCUGUUGUAUAAGGCUAUCAGUGAGUUGCUGGGCAUGGACAGCGCGAUGUCCCCGGGCGGCAAGCUGGCGCGAGUGCGGCGCAGCUGCCGGCACGUGCUGCGCCUGUGCGGACAGCCCGCCUCCGCCGAUGAUCUGCUGCCGGCGCUUAUAUUCACUGUGCUGAAAGCGAACCCGCCGCGGCUGGUGAGCAACAUCAACUUCGUGACGCGCUUCUGUAACGCGCAGCGACUCAUGACCGGCGAGGGAGGGUACUACUUCACCAAUCUUUGUUGUGCAGUGUCGUUCAUAGAGAACCUGACGGCUGAGUCUCUCAAUAUGGACAAGAAGGAGUUCGAUUGCUACAUGGCCAUGCCGGCGUCCAUCGGUGGUAGUUCUUGGGGGGCAGCACUGUCGCUGUGCGGCGCAGUACGCGAGGCAGAUGAACAACGCGCGCUGGCGAGCUCGCUGCUGACGCGUGCACGCGACCUGCACUCGCGCGCUGACCAGCUCGCGCACAACGCGCUCAGCUUUGAGGAGCAGAUUUCCAAAAAAGUUCAAGACGUCCUCGCAAAGACGCCACUAGAGAUAAAACCACGGCGCGAGCUGCCGCGCAUCGGCAAGUUCAAGGAGAUAACCACAGCACCACUUAUAGACCUCGACACCACGACCACACGGGAACACCCACAGACAAUACCAGAGCAGAAACCAGAAGUUCAGCAGCCACAACCAGUCCCAACAGUCUCCAAGGAACCAAACAUCACCAUACAACCCUCAGAAACCGAGCCUAAACUAAACAUCCUCGGCUUCGAAGUCAUCGAAAGACAAUCCCCAUCAAAAUCACCACAGAACCUCGACCAAACAUGGGAUUUAAAACAGACCAAUUCGUUAGAACUUCUAACGCCAUCACCUUUGGGCUUCACGCCCUUCGAUUCAAGAUCAAUCGACGAACUGAUGACCCCAGAUGAUUUUGGAACAGAUCAACUGCCUCCAGGGCUGAGUAAUAUAAACUACGACAUCGACCUUUCAGACUUCAGCGGCGACAAUAGCAUAGCUGAGGAAGCUCCCAAGUCUGAACCAAAAGACCCAUUCAGUCCCGAGCCACAGAAGAAAACCUUUGAUCCUUUUGCACCACAAACUUCAAGGGGAUAUGAAACAGCACUGGAUUCCUUCGACGAAUUUAGCUUCGUCGAUCAAAGAAAGCGCGAAGCUGAUCCGUUCGAAGUUAUACACAGAGGGCAAGACCCUUUCAGCCCAGUAGAUACAGGAAAAUAUAGUUUCAACAGUCCAGAAAAGUCGACUUCUAUUCUAGAUGACAACGACUCACCAACCACAGGCUGCCUACUGCCUUCACCAAUGCAACCACAAAACACCGGGAAACCAACCUAGUUGGUGUUCACUGAAAGUUGAAUCAUAGAUCUUAAACCAAAUUGGUUGGUGCUAAAGUUGUAAGUCGAUUAUUGAUUUGUUCUUGUUUAUUUAUUUAAAAUAUAGUUUAAUGUGUCCCCGUUGAAGUAAUAAAUGGCAUGAUGGAAGUAUUAACAA